CAAGGAGGGUCCUGUGCUUUUGGGUUUUCCUGGGGAGAGGUGUCUUCUUCAUCCAUCACCACCACCACUGAAGUGGUACAGCCCACGUGCCAAGCAGUCUGGUUUUUCCCCAUACUGUCAUCCCUGCAGUGCUUAGGGACAUUUGGACUUUAAAGGCAAGAAGCAGAAUUUAAAAGCAAGCCGUUGACUUUCAGAAAACAUCCAUUUUUGGCUGCAAAGUGACCAGCACUUGGUGUGGAGAUGGGGAACAUGGACGGGAAAGCCGUGGAGGAGCUGAGCACUACCGAGUGCCACCAGUGGUACAAGAAGUUCAUGACGGAGUGUCCGUCUGGCCAGCUCACCCUGUAUGAGUUCAAACAGUUUUUUGGCUUGAAGAACCUGAGUCCAUCAGCGAACAAAUACGUUGAGCAAAUGUUUGAGACAUUUGACUUUAACAAGGAUGGCUACAUAGAUUUUAUGGAGUACGUGGCAGCUCUGAGUCUGGUCCUGAAAGGGAAGGUGGAUCAGAAGCUGCGGUGGUAUUUCAAGCUCUACGAUGUGGACGGGAACGGCUGCAUUGACCGGGGAGAAUUGCUGAACAUCUUCAAAGCUAUUCGAGCUAUCAACCAGUGCAAUGAAACGAUGACAGCUGAGGAAUUCACAAACAUGGUGUUCGACAAAAUUGAUAUAAACGGAGACGGCGAGCUCUCCCUGGAGGAGUUCAUGGAGGGCGUGCAAAAGGACGAAGUGCUGCUCGAGAUCCUCACCCGCAGCCUGGACCUGACACACAUCGUCCAGUUGAUCCAGAACGACGGGAAGAACCCGCACGAGCUGGAGCAGGCAGCGGAGCCUGCCCAGUAGGCUCCCAGGAUGCUUCCCUGCAUCUCUACCUUUCCCCCCUCACAUUACUCAAACAACUCGGGUUGCGGUGGUGGCAGCCGGUGAGCUGUCCCAGCACCAGUGUGACCGCGGUAGAUUCCCCCGCUAGCACAGGGACCAGGAUCUGCUCCGAAGGCGCUGCUGCCCUGGCAGAUGGUGUGGGGAGCCUGGGGCCCACUGGGACUGCCUGGCCCAGCCUGGCCCCGCUGCGCCAGCCGGUGAGGGGAAGGCUGCUGUGCGGAGAGGGUGCUGUGACAGCUGCUCGUCACGCUGGAAGCCCACAGCCACCCCUGGGCUGCCAACGGGGCCCUUUGCUGGCCUGGGUGCUCUGGAUAUUGCUGCUGAGCGGGGGUAGAGUCUCAUCCCCCCUGGGAAGGGGGAGCGGCACCAGGCGAUGCAGUUAGAUAACGCACCAAGGGAACCUCAAAUUUCACACCAAGGCAGUGGCCAACACCAGCGUCUGUGGGGGACGAACCGCAGGGCUGCCUGGCACCUGGCCCCGGUGAGAAGGGAUCCCCAAAGGACCUCAACAGCAGACCUGAACCUUCUCUUCCCAUAUAUAUUUCCAGAGCACAAGAUCAGCGGUUUUGGUCAUUCCGUCUUUGAUUUGUUAUUCUGUUAGCAAUUGUUAGGGAUAAUUAAGGUAAAAACAUCUAUGAGCUAGAAAAAGGGGAGUGGUGAAUGCAGUGGAUUUUCUUUGUUUAAAAGCAUUCAAAACAUAGAAUGGUGCCUUUUUAUAACAACCAUCUGAACUUCAGGGGCAUGUUUCUCCUUGAAAUAUCUGGAAGGGCUGCAAUGGCAGUAACCUGAGAGGGAAAAGUUUUGAUGUUUGUAGGAAUAUUCCUGCAUGUCUUAUCACCUCUAUGACAAACUUAAACUCUCCUGUCAGUAACACUCUGUGGCACGCUCGAGCAUCAGGUGGUUUUAAGGGCAGCAGCAGCAGCAAAUCACCUGCAUGGAGUUCAGAGGGGUGCGCUGCUGGAGACGGGCUAGGCACAGUGUCCGUGCCACGAGUGGCCACAAGUACCUGAGUAUUCCUGAGCAGGCAACGGGUACCAUCACCCCCACAGCACAGUGGGCUCAAGUACCAUCCCCUGUGGAAUUAAACCCAGUCACCUCUUAAUACAGCAUCCUGGGCACAGCAAUCUCACCUGCUGGUGCCACGAGCAGGGGCCGUGCCCAGGAGGCAGCAUACGCACAAGGGAGGCUGCGGCAGCAGUAGCCUUGCCCCCCCCCCCCCCCCUCUGUUCCCGCACCCAGCGGGGGCUGUGCCUCAGCUGCUCCUGGAGAGGAGGUUCCUCAUCUGAUGGGAGCAAGUUUCAGGUGCAGUGAGGCAAUACAGGACACCAGGAAGGAUUUCUUGUCCAGCUGAAAGACUUGUUACUUAGCACUGAAUACUUGCAAUGCAUAAGCAACUUUCUGACCAUCUUUCCUGUGCAUCUUUUUAAUUUUUUGUGUUUUACCUGGAAGCUUUUGUACUUCCAGUGUUAUAGUGAACUAAUAAAGGUAUUUUACAACAUUA